GCUGACCAGCCGACGAACGCAUGUCAGCUCUCGACGCACUCCUCAGCGACAAGCCCGUCCGAGCACUCGAGACUGCACGGUACUUGGACUCACUCGACCCGCUCCAGGAUUGUCGACAGCACUAUGCGAUCCCCUCCAAAGACACGAUCACGGGCUCCUCCGACAAGGAUCCAUCAGACUGUGUCUAUCUCUGCGGCAAUUCGCUCGGUCUGAUGCCCAAGAAUGUCAGCAAGGUCGUCUCUGAGGAGCUUGAGAUCUGGUCAUCGAGAGCCGUCCUAGGGCACUUUGAUCAUCCGCUCGAUAGACCAUGGAUGUACAUUGGCGACAAGACGUCCGAAGCACUCGGCGAGAUCGUCGGUGCAAAGCCCAGCGAGGUCAUUGCGAUGGGUACACUGACAAGCAACUUGCAUCUGCUGCUCUCUUCCUUCUACACACCAACAGCGACGCGAUACAAGAUCUUGUACGAAGAGAAAGCGUUUGGAUCGGACCAGUAUGCAUUCGCUUCACAGGUCAUCCAUCAUGGUCUCGAUCCAGCAGAAGCGCUACGUGCACUCGUGCCCCGAACAGGCGAGUAUACCCUGAGGAUAGAAGACAUACUCAAAGUCAUCGAACAAGAGGGCGACACCAUCGCCGUCUCAAUGCUGGCAGGCGUGCAAUACUACACCGGCCAAUGCUUCCAGAUGGAACCGAUCACUCGAGCGGCGCAAGCAAAGGCGAGCCCGCCAAGCGGCUGUCUAGUCGGUUGGGAUCUUGCACAUGCAGUCGGCAACGUACCGCUACGGCUGCACAAGUGGAACGUCGACUUUGCAGCCUGGUGCUCCUACAAAUAUCUCAACGCCGGUCCUGGCGCAAUAGCGGGUCUGUACGUCCACGAAAGACACGCUGACCCAGCAACCAGACCUAGACUCUCCGGUUGGUGGGGCCACGAUGCGUCGUCACGCUUCAAAAUGCUACCUUGGUCGCAAUUUUCCGCCAUGCCAGGUGCAGCUGGAUUCCAACUCUCGAAUCCUUCGGUGCUAGACAUGGCAGCACUCAUAGCAGCACUAGACGCUCGCCAGACUGCAGCUAGAGAUGGUCAGACAGCUUCUGCCAUCUUGCAACAGAAGUCGAGAUUACUGACGGCCUACUUGGCAAAGACGGCCAGAGCGAGCUCAUGGUACCUUGAGGAUGAAGCGCAAGACCGCAUCGGUUUCUCCAUCAUCACGCCCGACGAUCCUGAACAGCGCGGUGCUCAGCUCAGCUUCAUCUUCCUUCCGUCCGCCAGGGGCGUCAUGGAGCACGUUAUGCACAGUCUCGUGAAGCAAUAUGGCAUCAUUGGCGAUGAGCGCAGACCCGAUGUCAUUCGGCUCAGCCCCGUACCGUCUUACAACACGUAUCGAGAUGUCCUCCAGACGGUGAUGGCCAUAGACGCCAUAUUGGCAGACUACGCCCGUUCGCAAGCAAACGUUUAG